CAUGGUGUGCGCAGAGAGAGGUCAGAACUACAGGGGCGUUAUGACUCCCUCCUCAGAGAUUUGCAAAGACAAAAGGGAGCUAGAACGUAUGCAAAGAGAGCUGCGCAAAGGCCGAAGUGCUAUGAGGCUGUUGAAGCAAGAACAGCGAGAACUACAAGACAGGUUUUCUCAGCUUUCUAUAGAAAAGGAGCAGGCACAGCAGGAGCAUCAACGAAAACUGCAAGAACAAAUGUACAAGGUACAAGAGCUGAAUAUUGAAAACCAUAAGCUUCAGGAAGAGCAAAAUAGG